AUGCUGCUGCUGCUGCAGCAGCAGCAGCAGCAGCAGCAGCAGCAGCAGCAGCUGCAGCAGCAGGUGCAGGUCCAGCAGGCGCAGCAGGCCAAACCCAAGCAGCAACAGCAGCAGGAGCAGCAGCAGCAGCAGCAGCUCGGUCUGUUGCUGGAGCAGCGAAUGUACUGCAUAGGGGAGGAGGGCCUGGACCGUCUGGCUCGCGCAUACGAAGUUGACGACGACGACAGCAGCAGCAGCAGCAGCAGCAGCAGCAGCAGCAGCAGCAGCAGCAGCAGCAAUAAGAGACGUCAAAAGAAGCAGGAAAGCAUAUCAGCAGCAACACAUAUUCUCCCUCUUCUUGCUGCUGAGCUUAAAAUAUAUUUAAAUAAAGAUAAAUGGAUUUAUAGGUUUGCUGCUCACAUCGCCAUCGCCCAAACAGCAGAAUAUCUCCCCCCUAAUGAUGAGCAGCAACUUGCUGCUGUUGUCGAUACUGUUGCUAAGACAGCGCGAGUGAGGAGCCACGCAUGCGCCGCGUUUGUGAAUUUUGCUGAAGAGCUGGAGCAGCAGCAAAUGCUGCAGGUGCUGCCGGUGGUUAUGCCCAAGGUCCUUGAGCUCGCAGACACCUCAUCCCGUAAACCCUCAUAA